AGCCCCGCCGCGCCGCCGCUCUUAGGGCCGCGCUGCGCUCCGCUCCGCCCCGUCCGCCCGCCCGCACUCUCUUGCCGCCGCCAAGCCGUGCCGAACUCAGCCGCCGCGAUGAUGCCCGGCAGGACCCUGCGCAAGGUCACGCCUCCCGCCGCUCCCGCAGAACGGGGGGUGGUGGCGGAGUGCGCCCUGCAGCUGCGCAGGAUAGGCGACAAGUGGGACCUGCGGCAGAAGAUCUUGAACCUCCUAACAAAGCUAUUCCGCCCAGAAACGUGAGCUCCCCUCGGACACGGUGCACUGAAAAGCAGGGAAGACCUUGACUUUGUUGGUUUGGAACAAGAGACUUCACUGACGCUGGGAGAUGAAGAAAGCUCUUUGUGUUGUAUUUUGCUGCCUGUAGCCACUGAAGGAUGGGUGUUGCAACAUGAUUUAUUUGAAGAAUGUUACAGCAAUAUUGGUGUAUGAAUGCCAGGUGGAAAAAAAGAUAGCGAUGGGCAGAGCCCCUCACCAUGCAAUGGGGAGACGUGGAGCAAGACAAAACUUGACCUUCAGCCUGGUCUGAGAAGGCUUCCAGGAGCCUGGUUUCUCCAGUCACCCUCUGGUCCUCUAUCCCACAGCUGCAUUUCACUGAAGAGCUCAGAUCACCUUUAGGAAGCAGCAAAAAAAAGCCAGCGUCUUGGAACAUGGGAUUAUAUAUCAAAAGGCAAAAGCCAGUUGCUCGGUUUCUGACUGUUCUUGUUUUCUAAAACAUGGAUUCUGCUGAACAGGAAUCUGGUGUUGGGAUUAUUUAAUUUGUUAAUUAAACCACUAUCUUUAUUGAGAAGUUAUUUGUUACAGGAUGUUGCUUUGUGGAUUAAAAAUUACAGUUCUAUGAAUUAACAUGAUGUUGCAUAGUUCUAGUCUAUAUUAUAUAUGUAUAUAUUUGCAUAUAUAUUUUAUAUAUAAAAAUAUAAAUAUGUGCACCCCAUGUGUAUGAAAUGAGUAUUUCACAGAACUAUUAAUUGAACGCUACUUGUUUAGGCUCAAAAAGUAGUAUGAAAAAAGUGUUCAAAGCAUGACAUAAAAAUACAUUAUAUUAACUAGAAGAAAGCAUAAUGUUUUCUGAUAAUAAAUACUUCAUGCAUCACAGAGGGGAGCAUACUUUAGUAUAGCAUUAUAUAAGACAUAUAUCAAUAUAUCUUAUACAAAUACAGAUAUUGAAAUAUGUGUGUUUGGUGGAAGGAUUCUUUCAACAUUACAAAGAAUUUCUUGAGACCAGUACAAUACUGCUGUGAGUCUUUAUAAGUAACAAAAUAACUCUUCAAUAGAAGUAGAUCUUAAAGUUGAAUCCGAGUUGAAUCUCAAGUUUUCCUGAGAAUGUUAUUUAUUCAAAGAAAGCAAUUACCUCUCUCUGAAGAAAUAAUAUCAAUAGAAUUGAAUGUUACAGUCAGUACAGGAACAUAGUCCUGGAUUUCUGAAUGUUUAAUGAUAUUUACAAGUGAAAGUUCUUCCCUUGUACUUUAUUUCCAUUUCAUUUCAUAGAAACCUCAUUUCAGUUCUGGAAUGGUAAAGCUGCUAUAGCACAUCCAGUGGAUGGUAAUGCAUUAUGCCUAUCUCAUAGAGGGGUCAUCCUUGGCUGGCUUUGGAGGAGCUGAAUUAAGCAUACUGAUCGCUGUCAAGGCAAACAGUAACUCUGCUUGUCAAUUCAUGUCAGACAUGAUCCUAAACAGUAUUUUUUCAUGGGUGCAAUUUAGCAAGAAAAUGGCUGAAGCUGAUCACGUUUUGUAGCUACCUCUUAAGUCACUGGUCAGAGUUGCUUCUCUUACUAACCUUGUAUGUAAGUACAUUUGCAUUGUAUAAGGCUGUAUAUUUGCACCUUCUGAAUUCUGGGUCUGUUCAAAUUAUGGUUUUUCCUGCUGUGUAGUGAAGUCUUGUUUGUAUUGAUAAUGAAUUUUUCAGUUAGCUCUUUUGAAUCUGCCUUUGCAAAAUUGUCAUUGCAUAGCUCUGAUAACUGUCACAUUGACCUGUGUAUGGCUGUUACUUGUUGGCGCUGAUUUCACUAAGCAGAAGCUGACUGACUUUGCCUGCUUUCCUUGUGGAGGGCUUAACCCCGUCCCAGUGGUGUUACUGGGAGCUUUGCCAUUGGCUUGAGCCACAUGCAUGGUUUCCUCCUCCUCUAAACCAGUUAAUACCUUUUCAGUGAGAACACAAUGUUUCAAGAAUACUUGUUAUUUGUCUUAGUACUGCAAAGUAACAUGUUUUGCUGGCAUGUACAUAGGUCAGUUUUUCAGGUAUUAAAAAGUAAAUGCAAAGAGUUUCUGUUAGGCUAAACACCAACUCCCAGGCUAGUGCUGCAUGCAACUUGGCAAAGCUGUUCAUCAAAGGCAGCCCCAACUUCAACAGAAAGGCUCCCACUGUGUGCCCUGGGCUUGGUGAAGUCCUGGAGUCUUCAUCAAGGACACUAAACAAUGAUUGUGCCUGUCUGGGACUCUCAGGAAAAUUCAGCAUUACUAUUUGCAUUAGUAACUGAAAUGUAUUUGAAUAAAAGUGUUCUGCUCAAUGUAUGCUGCUUUGAAAUUCAAUAGGAAAUGAGGUACAGGCUUCAUAGAGCCCGCCCAAUUCUUCAGGCCGUAGCACACAUGAAUGUUAUGAAAAAAAGGUAUCCCCAUAAAUGCAUUAUCACAGGGAUAUCUGAGUUAAGUACUAGUGCAGUAUUUUUCUGUCUAGAUUUGCAAAAAUUAUUUUAUUUUUGUGAGAUGUUUUUGUUUCCCUGAGGAUUGUCAAGAGUGCUAGCAUUCACAGUGAGCUCAGGAAAAAGACCUAGAUCCAAGCUAUCAGUGUCAGUAUAUGAGCAAUGACUUGCUGAUGUCCUCCCUAGGACUCCUUUUGUUACGUCUCCAAAAGAUCUGCUAUAUGACUGAUAUCAACACAAGUUUGGUUUUCUUAAGGCCUAUUCUGGAUACAGGCCAGAUGUUUUGCUGUAUGCCCCAUGCAUGUAUGUCUUGAAUUCUUGCUGAGAUAAUAAAUACAAUGUUAGCAAGAAAAAUGA